UGCGCCGAGGAUUCCAAACAGGUUACUGUAGCAUCCCGGCCGCAGGCUCCUUAUGUAAGGCUCGGGGUGCGCCCCCAGAGCCGGCCGGGCCCCCCUGCCCUUCUCCCGCGGCUGCUGCUGGCGCCCAGCUUGCACUGGAGGCCGGGCGAGGCAGCACCCCCCCUGGUGAUGCCAUUUGCCUUCCCGAGGAGGAGGCGUGGGGCAGCCCCUGUUCCCCCCGCUGCCCCGUUCUGCCCGGUUCCUCAUUCACGCUGAUCUGGGGGGAACCGAGGAGAGGCUCGUUGUCCGAAUGCCAGCAGCUACUCGGCAGCAAUGACGGAGCCCAAGUCUGUGUGCGUGUCGGUGGACGAGGUGGUGUCCGGCAGCAUGGAGCCCACCGAGACGGACCUGCUCAACGGGCACCUGAAGAAGGUGGACAACACGCUGACCGAGGCCCAGCGCUUCUCCUCGCUGCCGCGCAGGGCGGCCGUGAACAUCGAGUUCAAGGACCUGUCCUACUCGGUGCCCGAGGGGCCCUGGUGGCGGAAGAAAGGCUACAAGACUCUGUUGAAGGGCAUUUCCGGCAAGUUCAACAGCGGGGAGCUGGUGGCCAUCAUGGGGCCCUCUGGGGCCGGCAAGUCCACGCUCAUGAACAUUCUGGCCGGGUACAGGGAGACCGGCAUGAAGGGGGCCGUGCUCAUCAACGGGCAGCCCCGGGACCUGCGCUGCUUCCGGAAGGUGUCCUGCUACAUCAUGCAGGACGACAUGCUGCUGCCACACCUCACCGUGCAGGAGGCCAUGAUGGUCUCCGCACACCUGAAGCUGCAGGAGAAGGACGAGGGCAGGAAGGAGAUGGUCAAGGAGAUCCUGACGGCCCUGGGCCUGCUGCCCUGCGCCCACACGCGCACAGGCAGCCUCUCGGGUGGGCAGCGGAAGCGCCUGGCCAUCGCGCUGGAGCUGGUGAACAACCCCCCCGUCAUGUUCUUCGACGAGCCCACCAGCGGCCUGGACAGUGCGUCGUGCUUCCAGGUGGUGUCGCUGAUGAAGGGGCUGGCGCAGGGCGGCCGCUCCAUCAUCUGCACCAUCCACCAGCCCAGCGCCAAGCUCUUCGAGCUCUUUGACCAGCUUUACGUCCUCAGUCAAGGCCAGUGUGUUUACCGGGGAAAGGUCUCGAAUCUCGUACCGUACCUGCGGGAUUUGGGCCUGAACUGUCCGACCUACCACAACCCCGCUGACUUUGUCAUGGAGGUGGCGUCCGGGGAGUACGGCGACCAGAACACGCGGCUGGUGCGCGCCGUGCGCGAGGGCAUGUGCGACUCGGACUACAAGCGGGAACUGGCGGCCGACGCCGAGGUGAACCCCUUCCUGUGGCACCGGCCCUCGGAGGAGGACUCAGCGUCCAUGGAGAGCUGCCACAGCUUCUCGGCCAGCUGCCUCACACAGUUUUGCAUCCUCUUCAAGAGGACCUUCCUCAGCAUCAUGCGGGACUCGGUCCUGACGCACCUGCGCAUCACGUCGCACAUCGGCAUCGGGCUGCUCAUCGGGCUGCUCUACCUGGGCAUCGGCAACGAGGCCAAGAAGGUCCUGAGCAACUCGGGCUUCCUCUUCUUCUCCAUGCUCUUCCUCAUGUUCGCGGCGCUCAUGCCCACCGUGCUCACGUUCCCCCUGGAGAUGGGCGUGUUCCUGCGAGAGCACCUGAACUACUGGUACAGCCUGAAGGCCUACUACCUGGCCAAGACCAUGGCCGACGUGCCCUUCCAGGUGCUGUUCCCCGUGGCCUACUGCAGCAUCGUGUACUGGAUGACGUCGCAGCCAUCCGACGCUCUGCGCUUCGUGCUCUUUGCCGCCCUGGGCACCAUGACCUCGCUGGUGGCCCAGUCACUGGGGCUGCUGAUCGGGGCUGCGUCCACGUCCCUGCAGGUGGCCACGUUCGUGGGCCCGGUGACGGCCAUCCCCGUGCUCCUGUUCUCCGGCUUCUUUGUCAGCUUCGACACGAUCCCCACCUACCUGCAGUGGAUGUCCUACAUCUCCUACGUCAGGUACGGGUUCGAGGGCGUCAUCCUGUCCAUCUACGGCCUGGACCGGGAGGACCUGCACUGCGACGCCGACGACACGUGCCACUUCCAGAAGUCGGAGGCCAUCCUGCGGGAGCUGGACGUGGAGCACGCCAAGCUCUACCUGGACUUCCUGGUGCUGGGCGUCUUCUUCGUGUCCCUGCGCCUCAUCGCCUACUUCGUGCUGCGCUACAAGAUCCGGGCCGAGAGGUAAAGGCCGCGGCGCCCACUCGACUCUGGCCGCGAAGGAAACUUCUGGAACCCUGGCGGCUGGCUGUGCCCAUGGACCCGAGACCCAGGGCCACUCGCCCCACAGCCGCCGUGCCCUGCGGGGCCUGUCCCCUCGUGGGAGAAGACGGGGAGGGGUCUGCGUCACGCUGGACUUUGGCAGCCAGGAGACACGGUCCCUCCGCCGUGGACACGGGCGGGUCAGCCUCAGUCAGCCUCAGGCGAGGCCCGCGUGCAGAGCGGCUGGACAGCCAGGCUGGGCGGGGCAGGACGCGGGAGCACAGGCUGGGGAGCCUGUUCCAGCCCCCUCGCCGUCGGCCGACACUCUCGCUCUCCUCACUCCCGCCGGAUGGAGCAAAUACACUUUAUUUUAUUUUAUUUUA